AUGCCUAACCCUGCUCAUCAGCGGAACAACCCGGAAAUCACGGCGUUGCCAGCAACGGCCCCCAUCGAAGAAAUCGUCAGCGUAAUUCGCAGAGAUGGAGGUAUCAUCAUCAAGAAUUUCAUCACGCCAGAAGAGGCAGAUCGAAUUCAGGCAGAGGCCGACCCUCACUAUCAGAAGGUUGGCAAGUAUGAGGGCACCCUGUUUCCUCCUACUGACCCGCCUCUGAGUUACCCUUUCCGCGACGGCAAGCGAUACAAGUGCGUGUCUUACCCCGUCUUGGCUGUAUCGGAAGCCUUUUCUCGUGGUCGAUCUAAGGCUCAACCCCUCCAUCGGGACGAUAUGGCUCAACACUUUGACCAUGUCGAAGGUAGCGGGGAGAGCUCUCUGUUGGGGUUACUCGUUGCAGGCACUAAAUGUACCUUUGAGAAUGGAGCCACUCAAGUCAUUGUCGGCUCUCAUCUCUGGCCCGAAGCCGCCAUCUCAGGACCUGCCGAUAGGUCUAUGUGCUCCACGGCCGAAAUGGAAAAGGGCGAUGCUGUUAUGAUCAUCGGUAGCGUGUGGCAUGGUGCUGGAGCCAACAUUACCGACGAGCGACGCAACAUCUUUUCUUGUCAUAUGGUGCGCGGCUCAUACCGGGCGGAUGAGAACCAGUACUUGGCUAUUCCUCGUGAGGUCAUCAAGGACUACGACCCCGAGGUACAGUCGUUGUUGGGUUACUCGGUCAGUCACCCAAAUUGUGGUCAUGUGGAUAUGAAAGAUCCUAUUGUCAUGCUGGGUAGUAAGGAAGAUCCUUUCGGGUACGGCAGCAUUGAAGGGCAGGUUGCAGCCUAG